CUGAGGUCACGCAGUCUCAGGCUUGCCGCUUCCUAGCUCCCAUUCCCGACUCCUACUGCUCGAUCUACUUCUCAUUCAGCGGGGACACAAACGACCACCGCAUCUGGUUCCUCGAUUUGUUUUGAUCAGCACAGAGAGAUGAGGACUUGUGCUGUGGCCUUUGCCGCUCUUCUGCUGCUGCUACUUCUGGCUACAAGAGCACAUGGAAUCAGGCUAGACAGGCAGUUACAUGAAGCAAUCAACAGCAAGGAGAUGGCCGAUCCCAAGUCCGGCGACGGCGAAGCGUCCAUUGCUGACGACUCAGUGAAGAAGCACUGCACUCCCGAUGGGCGUUGCUCAGGAGCAAAGGUGAAAAAGGCGCUGGCGCACGCUGAAGCAACGGCAGAAGCGAAGCACCAGCAGGUCAGCUCGACUGGAAACGGUCACACCACGACGGUCGACGACGCCGAGGCAGCGAGCCAACCGCGCGUGGCGCGGCAGCGGCAGCAGACGUACCCGGACCUGAUGGACAUCGCCGGCAUGGACUACUCGCCGGCGACGAGAAAGCCUCCCAUCCACAACUGAGCGCCGCCGCCGGCCGGCCGGCCACGCUUGGUGGUUCAGAAAAGAUGAGCACGUGAGUGAUGCACGCGGUACAAGUGCUUAGCUAUAGCUAGCUAGUUGGUGCUUGCGACUGGCCUAUUAGCUUUGUUUGUUCAUUAGUUUAGCUAGCUCUAUAGCUGCUGCAUGCUAGCCGUAGUAGUAGUGGCUAGGGAGUGCUCCGGCGAGAUCCUGAUUCCCGAGUCGUGACCCGACCCCUGCUGAAAUAGAAUAGUGCAUACAGCUAGUGACCCACGGAUACUGGACAGCUUCGCAGGAAAUGCUGCACCUUUUGUGACGACGAUACUACAAAUCUUGGCGUUUUUAUCACCUCUCUCUCUCUCCCCCGCGGAUGUAAUAAUGUAACAUGCCUGCCUGUCUGACCGCACUUGUAACACAACACCGCGCUAAUUUUGACCGCUUCUCGUCUUCAGUAUUCAGUUAUUCACCGAUCCCAUGGUUAA